CAAAUUAAUAAAUUGUUUAAAAGAUGAAAUUCAUCCAAAGUUAAUUUUAAUUUAGUUUAAAUUAGACAACAAAUUUGUAGCGCAAACUCAACAUCUAAUGGACUCCACAGGAUAACAUAUCAAUUCAAUUGGUAAUCAUAAUCAACAAUGAAAGUGAAAUUUUCUUCAUCUCUUACCUGUCUUACUAGCUCAACCUGUUCUCACUCGCCCACCUAAACACCUUCCCGUUUCCCCCUCUUUACCUGUUUAUCUUCUUCUUCUUCCUUCGUUACUCUCCCAUUCAUAGUUUCAUUUGUCAGAUAACAAUUUUUGCCUUUUUCUCAUUCUCUCUCUCUGAGUCUUUUUUUAUAUCAUCGCCAUCAUCUUCCAAUCUUCCUUCAUCUUCUCUCUCUUUCUCUCUCUUUUACCUUUCUUCUUCUUGUCUCUCGUCAUCAACAGAUGAUCCCAAGAAAGGGAUUUUUUCAUCAGAUGAUAUUCAGCCUGUUUCUUCCCAUAAUCAGACUGUCUUUCAUCUCUUCUCUGUCUAAAUUUUCUCUCUUUACUUUUCUCUUCUCUUGCAACUUUUUCUUUCUUUUAACUUAUUUCUUUCUUCUUCUUUUCUCUCUCUCUCUCUCUCUCUCUUUCCUUCCCUUUCUACUUACCUUUCUGAGUCUCUUGCCUUUUCUUGUUGUUGUUUGAUUGUCUUCAUUGAUACCUUCAAAUCGGUAAAAUUGUAUUACACCAAAUAAACAAUAAACAACAAUAAAACACAACAAUCAACCUUGAAUCAACACCAUCACCAUUACAUUAACACCAACCAUAAUUCACACUGUAACUAUCAUCAACCAUCACCAAACAAUCAUCAAAAAUUGAUCAAAACUCAUCAACAACAAAAAAGUGUCUACAAUAUUACCACAUUUGUUGCCCUAGACGCAACUUUUUUUAUCCAAUCCAUCAACAGCAUUUUAAUAUUUUACGUUUUCUCAUCUUUUAACGUUUACCUCAACAUUUUGUCUGUGAAUUUUAAUACAGUGGACAUUAAUUAUGACCAAUUAUCAAGAGUGUCAAGUUUACCAAUUGAGCCGAUCAAUCAUAAUUUAAUUUGGUGAACCAGCAUUUGUUUUUGUUUGUGUUUCCUCUUCUCAACCAGAAAGCAACAUCAAACUCAUUUCAACCCAUUAUUAGCAUCAUUUUUUCACCACCAUUUGACUUUACCAUCAAAAACCAUCAUCACUCUCACCUCUAUCAUUAACACCAUCAAAUCAACAGGUUAAAGGGUAAAAUGUCAACAACACCAACCACAACCAAAUAUCUUGUUGUUGUUUAUGUUGUCACUUCUGGACUUGAUGAAGGUGAUCUUGGUUCGGAUGAGGAAGAAAUAGUUUUAUUAACAUGGCUUGUUAUUGAUGUAACCAAUUGCAAGGUUGUUGCUGUUCAUUGUAAAUAUGUAAAACCAAGAAGUGCCGAUGUAAACGUAAAUGUAUUAUCCGAUGUAGCCCGAACAAAGUUUGGUUUAACUGAGGAUCUCAUUAAAAGUGGUCAACCUCUGGAACAAGUGGUUGAAGAGUUUGACCAAUAUGCAAAAAGUAAAUUACAAUGUGAUGGGGGUCGAUCAUUCAGAUUAAUUACCGAUGGACAACUUCAUUUACGCCAAGUUAUCCAUCCAGAAGCAUGUAAAAAAGGGAUCACACUUCCAGACUAUUUCCAUUCAUUUCAUGAUUUAAAGAAGGAGUUUCGGAAAUUUUAUCGCAAUAAUGAUUUUCAAACCAUCGAUGAGAUGUUAAAUUAUUUAUCAAUAGAGCCUGAUGGAUCAGCUGACUGUGCAAUUAGGAAGAUUCAAAACCUGGCGAAGAUAAUUAUCCGUUUAGCCACCGAUGGUCAUACUUUUAAUGAACCUGAGUUGAUAGCAGAACGAUUGGAACCAGGAAUUUGCAGUAAAAAUGAAUUAGUUGAUGGUAAUACUGUAGUCAGAGCUCGAGGUCUUCCAUGGCAAUCAUCAGAUCAGGAUGUGGCCAAAUUUUUCAAAGGACUCAAUAUUGGAAAGUGAGUUUAACCUUUUUCCAUCAGUCU